UUUACUAAAUAUCGGUUUGAUAUCGUUACUUCGAUACAAUUCUAGUAGCUCCAGCUCAAUGACAUCUGUUUACAGACGUAUACAGUAAUUUUUGUCAGCUUUGUGCAUUUAUUUAUUCCAUUUGAAACUAAUAAUGUAAAAAGAAACUCAGUCUUAUUAUUUAACAAAUACAAUUAGUCUUUUUUCCUGCGAAUCUCGCUACUUAUAAAUUACGACAUACUCAAAGGGAGUGCAACCGAUCGAAAAACGAAUCAUUCAGGGACAAAGACAAGUAGCCAAAAUGAUCACUUCAAAUUUUGUUCGUUCUACCUGCAGCAUUUCACUGGUAUUUUUGGCGCUUUGCAUAGCCGACUCUGCCACUGAUGAGAAUCUCUCAAUACAACGCUAUUUGUCCUCAGAUGACAAAAGUUUAAGCAAAAAUAAGCGCAUUCAACAGAUUAUGCAAGGCGGCUCAGCUGAUAUAAGUUGGCCACAGCCACCUAAAUUAAAAGCUGAGAAAAUCGAUGUGAAAGAAGAAAUCGAGAAAUUAAAUACAACUUAUGUGUAUCAAAGUGCUUGGCCAGCUGAUGAGCUGAAAUUGGGUGCAGUGAGUGCGGUAAGUUUUGACAAGGAAGCAAAUGUGGUUAUAUUUCAUCGUGUAGAUCGUAUUUGGGAUGGCAAUACGUUCAACAACCGCAAUGUCUUUCAACAACGUAAAAAAGGACCCAUACGCGCUAAUACCGUAUUGGCAUUAGAACGUAAAAGUGGUCAUGUCGUAUAUGGUUGGGGGAAGGACUUAUUCUAUAUGCCACAUGGUUUGACCAUCGAUCAUGAGGAUAAUGCUUGGGUAACCGAUGUGGCGCUGCAUCAAGUUUUCAAAUUCGGUCCACGCGGUUCUAAUGAUAAACCCCUGCUGACUUUGGGUACGGCUUUUACACCCGGCGUAGGUGAUUCGAAAUUUUGCAAACCCACUUCAGUUGCCGUACUCGAGAAUGGUGAUUUCUUCGUCGCAGAUGGUUACUGCAAUGCACGUAUUUUGAAAUAUGACAAAGCUGGCAAUAAAAUCCUUUCAUGGGGACAAAACUCAUUCUCCGGCAUGUCCUUCGAAGUGGCGCCAAAGAACUACUUCGCCAUUCCGCACGCACUCACGCUUGUGCCUGAACAGCAGCUAAUCUGCGCAGCUGAUCGUGAAAAUGGUCGUGUGCAGUGUUUCUAUUGGACCAACGGUACAUUCCAUUCACAAUAUCAUAGUCAAAUUAUAGGCGAUCGCUUAUUUAGCAUGGAUUAUACGCCAGUGGAAGGCGGUCAACUUGUUGUUGUUAAUGGACCAAUCGGUGAAUUAGGCAUCAGAUCGCUACCUUACAACGAAGUACGCGGCUAUGUGAUCAAUAUGCGCACCAAACAGGUGAUCUCAAAGUUCGGACCUAAUGAUAUGCAGUUUUCAAAUCCACAUGACGUGGCCGUCACCAAGGAUGGCAAUGAGAUUUAUGUCGCCGAAUUGAAUCCGAUGCGUGUACAUAAAUUUCUACAUAAAACCCUAGCGAAAUCGAUGCCUUUGUCUGCUGCAAAAACAACUACGCUUAGCAAGAGCAACACAUUGAGUCGCUCCGGCCCGGAACAUCAUGUGGACGAAGUUUUGUUCAAAUCUAACGUCAGUAACACGGACAAACCAGCGCUAGGUGCGAACGCACCUGAAAUGGAACAGAUCUCAACACAGCUAACAACAAAAUCACAUCAUCCUGGUGGCACUGCCAUACUGGUGGCAUCUCUAAUGUUACUUUUCGCUUCGCUAACAUUUAUGCUGGCCUUCAUUAUAGCCCGUCGACGCAAACGAG